GGAAGCCUUCGCAGCUGCCGUGAUCCCAACGGGGGCUGCCUCUCACGCAUCAGUCGUGCGCAGGCCUCUAACGGACGCUCUGCACCGCAGUCGCAGUUUCGCCCACCAACGAGGGAUGAGGUUGAGUUCUUCGUGGAGGAGAAUGAGCUGAACGAGAGAGCAGCGGAAGCCCUGCGAGGUGCUGCCCCUGCCGUGCAACGUGAAGUGAUGGAGCAGGGCAGCCUGCGAACCUGUCGAGAGCCAAGCGCCGGAUGCAUCGGCCGCAUCGGCAAAGCACAGAAGCAGCAGCAUCUGGAUCCGGCACCUCAGGCAAAGCGACGCAGAGAGUGGCCAUCACCAGAUGAUGUCGAGAACUUCAUCGCAGACAAUCAUCUGGAUGGACGUGCCUCAAAUGCUCUUCGAGGAGCCGCGCACUGGGUGCAGCAGCAGGUCAUGGAUCAGGGCAGUCUGCGCACCUGCAGAGAUCCAAACGCCGGCUGCAUUGGGCGUCUCCACCGAGCGCAGCUGGUCACCCAUACGGAGGUCAAGUUGGUGAAGAAUGUUGCCGUCCUUCCUGACGAAGUGGAGAGGUUCAUACAAGACAACCGCUUGAGCGGGAGGGCGGCAUCAAUGCUGAGAGCUGCCGAUCCAACAGUGCAGCGGAAGGUCCUUGAUAGGGGCAGCCUCUAUGGAACCCGAGAUCCUAAUGCUUCCUGCAUUGGACGCAUUGGCAAAUUCCAGAGGUUGCCGGGGCCCGACCGGCACGAAGCUCAAAAACCCCGCUUCCAGAAGGUCAACCUCGCACCUCGUCACGAGGAUCAUGUGCCAACCUCUACUGAGCUCCAGGCUUUCAUCUUAGAUGCCUGGCUGAUGGAGCGCGAUUUUGGACAGCGAAGCCUCCCGUAG